GUUCAUAGAUUCUUUGUUGCUAAAAUGUAGCCUGGAUACAACGAAUAUUUCACAACUAACCUUCCUCGGUUAAGUGGGCUAAUAUACGCAUAGGGUUCAGAACUCCGGCUCUGGAAACAUUGUUGCCAGUUGCAUGGACUAUGCUUUUCGUUAGUAUAUGUCGAGAUAGAUGGCCUUGGGAACACGCAUCAUCCAUCUGGUGCUUGAAUCUGUGGAGAGUUCGCUUCAAAUUGUACAUGCUUGUUUGUGUCCUCUACUCGGAAUGCCUAUUUAACACAGACAAUUCGACUCCCGAAGGGAAUCAAAACGGUCAUAGUUUGGUUCAGAGGGGAGCGCGAUCACUCCGACGCGCAAACAAACACCCCACCCCCACCGUAGCCUAGUUUUCAUUCAUAAGCUUUUUCCCCCUUGUUUUGCUAUUCAUCUCUAGAUCCGUUGAUUUGAUCCUCUGUGGUUUCUAUCACAUGGGACGUCUCUCGGUCAACUAAACCCUAGGGCAUAGCCUACAAGAGGACUGUCGGUGUAUUUGUCCUUUUACAAUACAACAAUUAGGCCGCCCGUCUAUCUACUGGCUUAACCUAUUUACUGUGCUCGGUGUAAACUACUGCGGGGUUUCAUGAAGUCAAUCAAUUAUAGGGCUCUGCUUGUUUUCCGAUGCAUGCCAAGUCCAUGGUGAAUGUCGGAAGUGGUGAUCACCCCAGAUGGCGCUCCAAAGUCAACAUGGCCCUGGCGGUUCAUUAGUGGUGAUUCAGCAGCCUUCCCUGGAGGACCGGCAGAGGUCGGAUUACGAGCGGGAGCUCCAACAUGCCGCUAUCCUUUCCCUGGACCAAAUCAAGGCCAUCCGCUCCAGCAACGAGUACACAGAAGGCCCCUCGGUGGUCCGGAGGCCCCCUGCGCCCCGCAUGGUGCCCAGACCCGACAAGCAGCAGGAGAGGACUCACGAGGUGAUUCUCGUCAAUGUGAACAACAACUACGAGCACCGGCCGGUAGGGCACGGCCACCAUGGUGGGGUUGUAGUAGUGGCCGGGGGCCAGCAGUGUAGCACCAGGGCCCCGGGCCUUAAUCGCUCCACCAGUACAGGCAGUGCGGCUAGCUCAGGGAGCAACAGCAGUGUAUCCUCUGAGCAGGGACUCCUGGCCCGCUCGCCUACCUCUAGGCCAGGGAUGGUGGCCCUCCACCAGCACCACCACAGAGCCGAGCGUGCUCAGCCUGUUCGGACUCAGCCCAAGGCGCUGCUAGCCUCCCAGCAGGGCUCGCACCCGCUGCCGCCACUGGAGGCACCGCUCAAGCCCUCAGGGAAAGGGGACAUGACCUCUGGCCACCAGUUCAUCUGCGAAUGCUGCGGGAAGUGCAAGUGCGGAGACUGCACAGCCCCAAGAACCCUACCCUCGUGCCUGGCCUGCAACGGCCAGUGUCUGUGCUCGGCGGAUAGCGCCCUGGAGCAUGGCACGUGCAUGUGCCUGGUCAAGGGCAUCUUCUACCACUGUUCCAACGACGACGAGGGAGACUCGUGUGCCGACCACCCCUGCUCGCUGUCACGCUCCCACUGCUGCUCACGCUUCCUCUGCAUGGGAUUACUGUCGGUACUGUUCCCCUGUUUGCUGUGCUACCCGCCCGUCAAGGGGUGUCUGAAGGCGUGCCAGGGCUGCUACGACCAAGUCAACAGGCCCGGCUGCCGCUGCAAGAACUCUAACACUGUCUAUUGCAAACUGGAGCGCUGGUCCCACCAGGCCCAGGAAAAGCCUUCCUGAUCUUGUGUGUGUGUGUGGGUAGAGGGGCGGACAGUCGUUCCCGUGUGGUUUUGACAAUGAUAAUGAUGAUAACCAUAAUAGUCACUAUUACUAUUGAUGUUUAUCAAACAUUUUAAGCACCUCCCACCCACUUCCUUUUCUCCUGAUAGGAGUAAAACACGGAAUAUGAAAACCACUCACUUCUUUUUUUCUUCUCCUUCCUUUUUGCAACAGGACCAUGUUUUUACAGACCAGUGUUUGUCUUCAAUGGUUGUUGUUUUUUGUCUCUCUUCAGCUACUCAUUAACACUUUUUUAUAAAUAAUUUUCUGUUAGCUAGGCAGUGUUUACCUGGUGCUUUAAGCUUCAAGUGAGAGCAGCCUCUUACCAAAUCUGUGAAGGACUAUCUAGCUAGGCAAUAUGUAGCUGUUACCACAUGUUCAUAGCAAACAAGGAUUGUUAGAAUUCCCAGUUGCUACCACACUCAGACCAUGGAUAGCUGGGUUUCUGUGCUCGAGUUGCAUUGUGGAAAGCACAUCCAUCUCAUAGUAUUCUGUUGGAUAUGUUUCUCUCCCUUCCCCACUCAUCAUUCACACACAUUCUGUGGCAUUCUUUCUUUUGUUUUGUAAAUUGUAUUCUCAAAUCCAUAAGAGCGAUCUGGCUUUUUUUUUUAAAGGAAAAUGUAUUUUUUAUUUUUUUUUGUAAAAAUAUUUAUUAUGUGAAGCUCUAUUAUUUUAUGAUAUUUAUUGCAAAAGACAGUCUUACAUUUACUCAUGUCUGAAUAUAACAAUAUCAAUACUUACUGAAAAAUGAAAGGGUGGCACAAAAGAAUAAACUAUGUUAACUUUAAUGCAGAAAAUAUAUUAAUUAAUUAAAAUCAA